AGAGAGAAGAACACACAGAUCCGCAGAACCAGGCUCACGUUCGUUGGCUGGUUCGUUGGUUGGUGUGCUCCUCGACGUUGUGGGUUCUGUCUCACAGUAGGGAGACUGGAUGACAGGGAUGCAACAACACCCUCCUGCUUUCCUUCCUUCCGUGUUUCGUCCUCACCUCGGCACCUCUUCUUCUUCUUCGUCCUCCUCCUUGCUUCUAGAACACCCGAUUUUUAUACUGCGGUGCUCCCUCCCCUUUCCCUCCAUCCCUCUUACUUCUUUCCCUGUCGGAGGAGGAUUCCGCUUUGAACGAACAGCUCUACACCAUCGCCUCUCACGUUGCAUGUAGGAAGCAGGUAUGAGAGCCAUGGAGGCGAACCAUGAAGGCAGCAGUGGUUCAGGAGCAGUCCCCGAGUCGGAGGCUGGCGUAGGAGAAACUGUGGAGAUUAGAAUCAAAACUUUGGAUUCACAAAGUUAUACGUUGCGUGUGGACAAAAAUGUGGCAGUCCCUGCAUUGAAGGAACAGCUGGCCACUGUUUCUGGAGUGCCCGUGGAGAAUCAACGGUUGAUUUGCCGAGGAAAGGUCUUGAAAGACGACCAGUUGUUAUCCGCCUACAAUGUUGAGGAUGGACAUACGUUACAUCUGGUGGCUAGGCAACCUCCACCUUCUUCUGGAGUUGGACAAAGCAGUGCUAGCAAUGAAGGUGGUCAGGGAGAAACAGGUUUGCCAUCAUCAGGGAACAGGUCUGGUCACGUUUCACACAGUCUUCUAAUGGGAACUAUCAACUUUCCAGAUAAUGGUGAAGGGCAAUUACCUGACUUGAAUCGGAUUUUAAAUGCAGUCAUCAGUUCAAUCGGAUUACACGGUAAUGUUCCUUCGCAAGGCAGCACAGGAAACAACUCUUCCACAGGGGUGUUACCAACCCCAACAGGAGUUCAUGCCGGUGCACCCGACAGAAAUGGUGCGAGUGACCAGGACACGGGUGUCCGUGAGCUAGAAUUGCAGAUUGACGCAUUGUAUGGAAUCCCUUCUAAUACUACUGGAGGUGCUGGUCUAACUCCUAUUCGUGUGGUUCAGGCUCCUGUGUCAAUAAUUCCUUGUACGUUGUUACUUCUAAAUUAUUUUCAGGUUGUCCCUGACGCUUUGACAACCAUGUCCCAGUACUUGGACCGUUUGGAGCAGUCUUUUGCUUCAGAAGAGUCGGCGCGAACUUCCAAUGUUAGUGACAAUGGCGGCACGGAAGUGAGGGCUGCUACCGAUGUUCGUCGUAGUGGAGAGGAACCUCAACGAGGAGCUUCACCUGCUGCCUUAGGAGCCCUUGUGAAUCGAGUGGAUAAUUUAUUGCGUGACCAGGCUAGCUCUGCGCUUUCUCGUCUUGCCAGUCGAUUGGAAAACGAGCCAACGAUGUUGGACGCUGCCGCACGAGAAGAUGUACAACACACAGCAUAUCAUGAUGGUAAUUUAAUGCAGCAGAUAGGGGCUCUCCUUUUAGAGCUGGGCCGGGCUACGUUGUCCCUCCGUAUGGGUCAAUCUCCUAGCGAGUCUGUAGUCAAUUCCGGGCCAGCUAUUUUCAUCUCCCCCACAGGACCCAAUCCGAUGAUGGUUCAGGGUUCAAAUCUUGCUUCUUUUCGACAAGUCUUUGAUCUGUCUCGCACACAUCGUCACAAUUUUGCUUUACCACCACAGACAGCAGGUGGAUUGGCCGUUGGAACAGCUCUUCCAUCACCUCCUGGUACGUUAGGUCCAUCACCUGGUGUACCUGGGGUCUCUAGAAGUAUUCACGUACAUAUCCAUACAAGCGAUCCUGGAGCUCUUAUUGCUGUUCCCUCUUCCUCCCUUAACUCUGCUCCGAGACAAUUCUCACAUGAAGAACUUGUUCGCAUACCUGCUGGUGGCGCUGGCUCUACUCUGCGGCAAUUUUUAGAGCGGGCAGACCAUUUGAUUGCACCUCAAAGCGGUGCGGCACCUAAUGAUGUGGGCGGAUCUGCUCGUCCGAACCGCCCCAGAAAUGAAGCUGCUGACGGGGCCAAUCAAGCUCCAGGUAGCGCGCCUCCUGGCCCCUCUGGAAUGCAAGGCGCUCUUAUGACUGUUGAUGAGACUGGAGCUGUGCGAGUGGUUCCUGUUCGCUUUCGUGGGGGUGUUCAUCCUCCUUCUGGCAAUACUGUGGAUCCAUUGGUUUCGAGGUUUCAACAACAAUUUUUUGUCCGGCCAGUUUCUAAUUCUCCAAAUGAUACACCUGUUCCAGCUGCAGCGAAUCCUGUACCACCAACAUCCACUGAUCAGUCCAGGCAAACGGAUCAAGCAAGUCGCAAUACACCAGGAAGUGAAGGUGAUGCUGUAGAUCUUAUGAAUUCUUUGGGACCUCUGUUGCAACAUUUAGCUGGUGCACUACAACAGCCAGGGGCUUCAACAUCACUUCAGCAGCAGCCCAAUUCCGAAACUCAGCAGCAGCAAAGACCAGAUGCAACCGAAAGAGAAACAGAUACUGAUGCUGGGCUCACAGAAGAUACCCAGGCUGAGAGAGAGUUGUCAAAUGGGAGGGUUGUUGAGCCAACUCUUGAAUCUGGAGUGACGAGCAUGGUGACUGAUCAGGUGAGCGGCGAUGAUGAGAGACCAGGGUCGAGUGAUCAUUCUGCUCCUCAAGGACAGGCGUUAAGAGCGAGUGUUAGUGGUGGCCCUGGCGGGGGAUCUUCGGAUGUACCCGCCUCUGCACCGAUUGGACUUGGGCUUGGGGGUCUUCAGCCUCUUGCAAGGGUUAGAAGGCGGCGGCAGGCACAACAGUCCAGUCAAGAUGAACAGCGACAAGCAGGGCAGGACGCUUUGCAGAACCUUUUAGCACAAAGAGAUUUGGCAGAUGAAAUAAACCAAAGAAAUAACAUCGCUUUGCCUUCCCUUGGCAAUCUGGUGAGAGCAGUAGGAGGUGGUGAUCGGCUGCAAGGGGGCCCAGGUAUUAUAGGACAACUUAUGAGGAGCCCUGUCGUGGAGAAUCUUGUCCAACAAGUCAUGCAGGGGGUUGGUGAUGGUGAUGGAGGGGAUGGAGCACACCGUGGACCUGCAACUGGUGGCCUAGAUUUGUCAGGGAUGUUGCAACACAUGAUGCCUGUAGUUACCCAAAUGCUGGGCGGAGGAUCUUCAGCAUCUUUUCCUGGGUCUGUAGCAGGCACUAGUACUAGAACAAGUGAUGGUGGAGCUAGGGGGACCACUUCUCAGCCAUCUGAGACUGAAAGAUGGCAAGAUGCUCUAUCACAGGAGGAAGUAGCUGAUUGGACUGAGACAAUUGCAGCUGAUGAAGAGGCUCAACAGUCAAUGCCUCCUCAGCGUCCAUUUAGUGAUGUUUACCGUCGUGGGACGCCUGCUGCAAAACGGCAAAAAACUGCAGUGGAGUCAGCAGCAGAAAAUCUUGAGGAUGGAGGAUCGGCAGAAAUUCUUCUUCGAGAUCUGGCUGGUGCUGCAAGUGCAGAGAUUUCAGGCAAUAAUGGAACUGUCGGUGCAGAUGAUCUAGCUCAACAAGUAGUAAGAGUUGACGGGCUUGCUGAGGCCUACUUGGUUGUGCUGUUCAAUGACCUGGCUGCACGCGUGGCAGCAGACCCGGAUUUUGGCGAUGGCUCCCGCUUCCCACAUUCUGCCCGAAUCUUCGGCCAAUCCUCGCAGACGCCAGCGGAGCCAGAUGGAGAGUGAAUCUGAUUGUAUGCAACAUUCUUAAUGCAGAUUUACUGAGGUGGUAUUUCAGGUCAUGGACUUGUCGAGGAUGCCUGACAUUGGUGUUACGUGCAUUUCAUGGACAAAUCUCCAGUUCUAGGAGAUUUAGGUCUUCCAUCAGCUCCAGCUUCAGCCUCAAGUAAGCGCAUGCCGAAUGGUGAUGAUUAGUAUAGUUCUUGGGCUUUGCUGGAGACAAUCGGAUCAGAAUCGGAUCUUUUGUGAUGUGGAAGUGUGUUGUUGCAAACAACUUCAACACCUUGUACCCAAGCAACGUGCAGAACUUGCGAAUCAUAACCUUAAGGAUAAGCCAUGUUCUCAUGAUAUGGGCAGUCUGUAGGUCAUUUCAAGGGAGGUUGGAGGCAACUUUGUGCUUAGCAAACAUGCUGACAAUGAAAUUAACUAAGAAUCUUAAGUUUUCGUCGUAAGAUUUCGCUGCAACUCCUGCGUCAUGACUUUGUUUCACACCACGAAUAAAUUCCUGACACUUUUGCAGUUAGUUUUGUGAUUUCUAGUGCAUGUAUUGCCACUGUCAAGACAUUUUUGCUGUGUUCAAUGGUUGUGACAGGAUACCAAGGAAGAACAUUUGAUGGCUCCGCCACCCAUUUAGGACGUCAUUGUAGAUCCGUUCCUUUCAGCUCUUGAGAAGAUACCGUAUUUGUUCCAACAUCCAGACACAUCUUCGUCUGAAACAUCAAACUUGGAUUUUAGGAUGCUUUUGAUCAUGAUGUUCAUCAGAGGGGUUAUGCCAACUUUUAGUUGUAAGAGUAACGUCUUCAUAUGACAGGAAAUUCUUCAUUAGAUUUUUGCCUAAAAUUGUACAACCUUCUAAUAGUGCAACCUUAGUACACUUUUUGAACUCUGUUCUAGUUCUGGAAUGCUUAUUUCUGCUAUCCUAUAUUUCUGCUAUCCUAUAUUUCUGCUAUCCUAUAUCUA